CUCCGGCUGCCGACCAGCGUGAAUUCUCCAUCAACAUCGGCCGGAACCAGUCGAAUACAAUUUCCUCCCUCCGAAAAAAAAAACAAACUUGAACGAACGAACUCGAAUUCUAAAAAUCAUCGGACGGUUAUUUUUUUCCAAAGUUGAAAUUUUAUCAAAUUUUUAGAAAAAAUUUCGUGUGAGAGAAACAAAUUUGAAUUUGAAAAUCGUCCCGUUGCCCGGAAACAAACAACCACCCCCCAACUAAAGUGCGGAUCAACGACCCAAAUCAACUUUAAAAAAAAACAAAGGAGAGAACCACACAAGCAAAAGUUGAAUUAACACACACACACAAACAAACAAGAAGAAAGAAAGAAAAAAAAGCCAAUUAGCAGGAUGAUUCGCCGAGAAGGAGGAGUCGGUGGAGGAACAGGAAGAGGAACAACGCUUGCGGCCCUGGUAGCCCUGAUGCUCCUGGCUGGACUGACCCAUUACACAGUCACUGCCGCUCCAUGGGAAUCGGAACCGGAAUCAGGAUGUUACUACAUGUUCCAGCACUACAGCGAAGGUGACCGUAUCAUCACCAACGAGCCUUGCCUCAACUGCACCUGUCACGACUCGAUGCUCAUGUGCUUCCUCAAGGUCUGCCCGUUCGCCAAGCCCAUCGGCCAGGACUGCCAGAUCGAAAAGCGGCCCGAUCAGUGCUGCCCCAUCAUUACCUGCCCAGAACUUCCGGUGCCCAUUAUGAGCAUGAACAUGACCUUGCCGGGAAUGGGCAGCAUCUCCGGCGGCGGCGGCGGCGGCGUCUCAACGGCCGUGACGACGACAUUUCGACCUCCGCAAACGGUGGUGACGCCAUCCGGAAGCGUCAACCUGGCCGACACGGAGGGCUGUCUGAUUGACGGGCAAUUUUACGGUGACGGAGCCCAGGUCCCAUCCGAUCCGGCCAAGCCCUGCGACCUCUGCUACUGCAUCCGCAACCACACGGCCUGCGUCAUGCAGGAGUGCGUCCUCCAGGUUGAAGGCUGCUCGCCCGUCUUGCUGGACGGCGUCUGCUGCCCGGUCCGCUACGACUGCGACGCCACCAACUUGACCAGCUCGACGACGCCCAUCCCCAGCGGCGGACAGUUUGGCUGCGUACUAGACGGCCAGUCGUACAGCGACGGCGACUUUGUCCCGUCCAGCAACCCCUGCGACUAUUGCUACUGCAUGCACGGAGACAUCGUUUGCGCCGUCCAGGAUUGCGCCCAUCCGCUGGAAUUCUUCUCCAACACGUGCAAGCAGGUGCCCAAGACCAGCCCGACUCAAUGUUGCCCGACUUACGAGUGCGGAGCCCCACCGGCCGUCCCGGUCUUGCCCACUCUGCCCGGAUUGGAGGAGGAAGUGACCACUUUGUCUUCCGCCACGGAGAGCGGAGUUCAAGAGGGUUCGGCCGCAUCCAGCACUCAGGGUUCAACCACAUCCGCCUCAGAAGGUUCAACUACAUCCGCCGCAGAAGGUUCAUCAACCACAUCCGCCACUGACGGUUCUAGCGCUGCAGCUCCCGAAGAAGGGUCAUCCACUCCAGCGGUGGCUGAAGAAAAUACGGAAGAAAUCGGCUCAUCCAGCGCUGCCACUGCGGCUCCGCCGACCAUUCCGGAAGAAGUGAAAACCACACCGUUGGACAGCAGCAACGAAGGCACUGAGGCACCGGCCGUUUCAUUCGAGACUACCUCUUCCGCUUCCAGCUCAUCCGCUCAACCGGAAGGAGGAGACUUGGUCACCGAUGGAAUUAGCUCCUCAUCGUCUUCCACUUCCGAACCCGAAACUGAAACUGACGAAGGUUCUGGUAGCUCAACUGAUGCCGGAAGCGUUUCUUCCGUCUCGUCGGAAUCUUCUGAAUCGACGCCAUCCACAACUGAAAAGCCCAGCCAAGUCGUUCCGGCCGAUGCCACUCCCGUACCUGAAAUUCAGCCGUCGACUCCAUCCGCAGAGGAAUCCACCGACGCUUCCGUCUCGGCCGUUUCCCCGGCAGUUACUCCGGCCGUCACCGAAGGCGAAAUCGUCCAACCAGCCACUACGCUCUCGCCGGAAUCGGAGCUGACCGACGGUAACGACUUCAACGUGGUCGUCAUCUCCUCGCAGAAACCUUCCGUUCCGGCCACCACGCCCUCAUCCGAAUCUCACGUGACGGAAUCCGAAACUUCCACGAAUGCCGGAAAUGUUCCGGACGCAACCACCGCCUCCCCUGCCAUCCAUUUGUCAUCCACUUCGGCCUCGCCCAGUGACAGCCAAACCGACGACUCGGCAUCCAGCACGGAUGCUUCCGUUCCGGCCGUCUCGUCGACCUCCGAAUCUCAGGCCACGGAAUCUGGAUCUUCCACCGAUGCGGAUGAUGUUGACACCACGGCUUCCUCUGUUACCACUGGAGUUCCCGCCGGAAUUGAGGGCCAGUCAACGACUACGGUUUCACCCACAGAAAGCGAAGAUGAUGAGAAGGAACCGUCCAGUACCGACACUUCCAUUCCGGCCGUUUCAAUCCCUUCCGAAGCCCAGACCACUGAUGCGGAUGUUGUUGACACAACGACGUUCUCGACUACCACGUGGUUCCCCACCGGAACUGGCCAAUUCCAACAUUCGUCGACCACUUCCGAAGCUCAGACCACCGAUGCGGAUGUUGUUGAUACGACAACUUUCUCGUCGACCACUUGGUUCCCCACCGGAACUGGCCACUUCCACCAUACAUCGACUACGGUUGCAUCCACAGAAGCUGAAGAUCAAACGGAUUCUUCCAGCACGGACGCUUCCGCUACCUCGGAUGUAACUUCAACCCCUUCUUCGCUAGAUAUCACAUCCGGAAUCACAUCUGAGCCCCUUGUCACCGAGUCCGCCGUCACCAGCUCACCGUCCACCGAUGCCGAAGGAAGUGACGAAGUAACCGGAAAACCGGAAGAAGUUGAAACACCGGAAGGAACCGAGAAACCAGAUGAAACCGAUAACGUCACUGAAUCCGAAGUAUCAUCUUCUUCCGCUUCUUCCGCUGAUGUCAGCGCUCCAUCCGGCGAAAUUUCGACUGACGCCAGCCCAACAUCCAGUGAAUCGUCGUCCGACGCAAGUCCGACAUCCAGCGAAUCCUCGACUGAUGCCAGCCCAGGAUCUGGUGAACUCUCGACCGACGCCGGACCAACAUCCAGCGAAUCAUCAACUGACGCCAGUCCAGUAUCCAGUGAAUCCUCGACUGACACCGGCCCAGUAUCCAGCGGAUCUUCAACCGACGCCAGCCCAGUAUCCAGCGAAGCUUCGACUGACGCUAGCCCAGUAUCCAGCGAAUCCUUGACAGACUCCGCCCAAACAUCCAGUGAAUCCUCGACGGACGCUAGUCCAGUAUCUGGUGAACCCUCGACUGACUCCAGCCCAACAUCCAGCGAAUCAUCAACUGACGCCAGCCCAGUAUCCGGGGAACCAUCAACUGACGCCGGCCCAGUAUCCAGCGAAUCCUCGACGGACGCUAGUUCAGUAUCCAGUGAAUCCUUGACAGACUCCGCCCAAACAUCCAGCGAAUCCUCAACGGAUGCCAGUCCAGUAUCCAGCGGAUCUUCAACCGACGCCAGUCCAGUAUCCAGUGAAUCCUUGACAGACUCCGCCCAAACAUCCAGCGAAUCCUCAACGGAUGCCAGUCCAGUAUCCAGCGGAUCUUCAACCGACGCCAGUCCAGUAUCCAGUGAAUCCUUGACAGACUCCGCCCAAACAUCCAGUGAAUCAUCAACUGACGCCAGCCCAGUAUCCGGUGAACCAUCGACCGACUCCGGCCCAGUAUCCAGCGAAUCCUCAACCGACGACAGUCCAGUAUCCAGCGAAUCCUCAACCGACGACAGUCCAGUAUCCAGCGAAUCCUCAACCAACGACAGUCCGGUAUCCGGUGAAUCCUUGACAGACUCCGCCCAAACAUCCAGCGAAUCCUCAACGGAUGACAGCCCAGUAAGCAGCGGAUCUUCAACCGACGCCAGUCCAGUAUCCAGCGGAUCUUCCACUGAAGCUGGCCCAGUAUCCAGCGAAUCCACGACUGAUGCCGACCCAACAUCCAGCGAAUCGUCUACCGACAGCGAAGUUGCAACUGAAGAUUCUAGCGACAGCCAAUCUCCAUCCAGCACCCAAGGAUCUACAGUUUCCUCAAGCUCCGCCUCUACUCCGGAAGUGGAAGAACCAUCAUCCACCACCGAUUCGGACGAGUCGGAGGCUUCAACUUCUUCCGUCACCGAAGCUCCGGCCAACCACCACACGGUGCCCGAGAUCGCCGCCUCCACAUUGGAGACGGAAGCGCCCAGCACCGGCGACGAGACUUUCACCACCCCGUCGUCGGACAUCAGCUCAAUUCCGGGUGAGGGCAGUUGCUUGUUGAACAACGUCACCUACUCGAACGGAGCCGACGUUCCGGUGCCCAGCCCUUGCCAGCAAUCCUGCAGCUGCGAGUCAUCCAUCAUCCGCUGCGUCAUUGUCGAGUGCGAGGAGAAACCCAACCACAUGCCAAACUGCCGGCCCGUCUUCUCUCCCGACAAGUGCUGCCCGAUGUUCGAAUGCGACGACGAGGAGGAUUUGGUCACCACCGUCAUUCCGGAAUCGUCAUCAUCCAGCUCGGCCACGGAUUCUAGCGGAAGUCAAGUCGAUUCGGCCACGGAAGGAGCGUCGUCUGCUGAGGAAGGAUCAGGACAAGAAGUUACGGAUGAACCUGCUUCCGGCUCGUUGAAACCAUCGACGGAAUCCGGAUCGCCAUCCACUGAAGAUGAUUCGACCGACCUGCCAUCCGCUUCCACCACUGCCGAACCGGUUGCCGUCACUGACGCCGCAUUGGUUUCCUCAUCCGCUGGAUCGGUCGAUGUUGCUACUUCUACCACCUCGUCGCCAGCCGUCACUGAAUCCGAAACGGAAUCGUCGGAAGACGGAAGCUCAACGGAUUUGACUCCAGUAUCCAGCACAGAUGGAACUGGUUCGUCUUCAUCCGCCGGAUCGGAUUCUUCCAGCAAACCCGAACCAGUCGCCACUGAGGCCACUCCAGCCGAAAGCACCGAAGCGCCGGAAGUGCAAACUGAUAAGCCCGAGGAAUCGUCGACGGAAGAAUCCAGCGCCUCUGUCGAUCCAGCCGCCACGACUCAAUCAUCUGAAAUUCCUUCCGGCUCUCAGGUAUCCGUCGAGCCCACUUCCGCACCAGGCACUGGAUCGCCUUCAUCAUCCGAAGCUGCCGGAUCUGUGAGCACAGACUCUCCAUCGACGGAAUUGGUUUCCAGCACUGAAACAUCCGAAGAGGAAAUCCAGACGGAACCACCCGUAACCGCCAGUCCCACCAUCGAAUUGAGCGGCCCAUCCACUGGAUCUCCCACAUCCGGUGAAAGUGAUGCAUCCGCUCAAACUCCCAGCUCAACAUCCGCACCGGAAUCGACUGAAACGAUCAGCGAAACGGGUGGAGAUUCAGGAUCGACUGAAUCAUCGACCGACGAGUCCGUCGUUUCCGUCUCCACUUCCCAAGCUGGAUCACUUGUCACCUCAUCUCCGGACACCGAAACCAGCACCGGAUCUGAAGGAUCAUCCUCCUCCGCGGAACCCGCCACUGAGACCUCUGAAGUUUCAGGAUCAGUUUCCGAGUCUGGCGCCGGAUCGUCGACUACCGAAUCUUCUGCCGGAGUAGAUACUGGAGCAUUCACCACAUCCGAACCUUCCGGAACGGAAGUAUCAUCCGCUGGAGAAUCUGAGGGAUCCACCGAAACAUCUCAAUCAUCUACUGCUGGAACUCAACCCGAAACGACACCUGAAUCCGCCGCUCCGCUAGAAACCACUUCAGCGCCCUCGGCUGUUUCAACCGAAUCACCUUCCGCCGCUACAGAUUCCGGAGUGAUUCCGGAUGAAGCAACUUCAACCAGAGAGCCUUCAACAACAACAACUGAAGGAAUUUCUGUAGGAUCUGAAACUGAAGCCCCUUCAACAGCCCAUCCUGGCAGUUCAACAGCUGAUCCAUCGACCACGCUAGGUUCGAUCGUAGGAUCGGAAGCGACCGGAUCUUUACCAACCGCAACGGAAGAUUCCCAAGCUUCUGUCACUGGAGUAGAGUCUGACGUCUCCUCGACUUCUCAAUCAUCUUCAGGAUCGACUGAGCCCUCCACUUCUUCUGGAGAUGCUGGAGCUUCGCCGGAACCCACUGUUGAUGUCGGAGAUGUUUCUUCCACUUCGUCGGAAUCCGCUGGAGUGACCGACCCCACCGAUAUUCUCAUUUCCGAUUCCAGUAAACCACCCAGGCCAACCCUGUCAGUUGGAUCCAGUGGACCGACUGUAGCACCAAACCUCCCCACGGAAGCUUCAUCCGCCGCAACGGAAGCCCCCUCAUCAUUCACAACUGGAGCUGAAACCGGAUCUCAAGCGCCUUCCGAUCUGGUCACCACCAGUCCAGCAUCGUCUGAACCGAUCACCACCAGUGCAGUACCUUCUGAGCUCGUCACUACAAGUCCAGCAUCGUCUGAGCCAGUCACCACCAGUGCAGCACCUUCUGAGCCAGUCACUACGAGUCCAGCAUCAUCUGAGCCGAUCACCACCAGUGCAGCACCAUCCGAUCCCAUCACUACGAGUCCAGCAUCGUCUGAGCCGGUCACCACCAGUGCAGCACCUUCUGAGCCAGUCACUACGAGUCCAGCAUCGUCUGAGCCAGUCACCACAAGUGCAGCACCUUCCGAUCCGGUCACAACCAGUUCAGCACCUUCCGAGCCAGUCAGCACCAGUGCAGCACCUUCCGUCGAAUCCAGCCCAACAGUUUCUGAAAUUCCGUUGAGCACCAGCAGCGUCGACUCCAGCAAUUUGGAAUUGUCAUCACCCGAAACUUCUCCGGCCACUCCGGAAGAAGUAGAAGAGCCGGAAAUCGCUCCAGGCGCUUGCCUCUUUGACGGCAAAGUCUACGUCUCUGCCCAGCAGAUCCCCCGCGACGACCACUGCGACUUCUGCUUCUGCUUCCGCGGCGACAUCAUCUGCCUCCAGCAAUCCUGCCCGCCGCCCAUUCCCGGCUGUCUGGAAGAGACCAUCACUGGAUUCUGCUGCCCGCGCUACGAGUGCCCCGUCCGUCAAGUGACGCACAACGUCACCUGGCAUUCGGCCGAUCACCGCAACAACAACCCAACCGGACCCGGUGGACUGGCCAGCAUUCCACAAGGAUUCAACGUCGAGUUCAGCGAUUCCGUCCAGGACGGCGAUCAAGUCGAAGUGGAAGGAUGUGAAAUCAAGGGCGACUUCUACCGGUUUGGUGAGCUCGUCGGACCCGCUUCCGGCCCCUGCCUCGAGUGCCGAUGCGGCAAGGGCGGAAUGAUGGAGUGCGAUCCGCGGGAGUGCCAGCCGGAGCCAACGCUGAGAAAAGUCAUGGCCUUGGCGGCCACCCGCCGUCGCCGACACGUUGACGCCGACGGCCUCGUUUGGAUCGGUGGCAAACCGAGAAGGCAUUGAGGGCCCGACGGACAAACGUGUCCAUCCUUUUUUAUUACAUUUUUCCAGCCACAAAAUCCAGCCACGUAAAAACCCCCCCGUCCGUUUCUCUUCCACAACUGAAACUCUUGGACUUGAUUUCUCUUCUAUCGGAAUAGAUGCGAUCUUCUUUUGUUUUUUAUCCCUUACCCAAUCGAUGCACGCAAUAUGUAGAAGUGCAAGGCCAUUUUGAUAGUAAGACGAAUGUCCCAGUGAAUUGUUUGACAAUCUUGUGUGUCGUAACGUUUAAAAAUCUCCACGCACUAAGUUGGUUCUUUUUUGUUUCUAGAUUUUUGGUUAUUAGGUUCUUCCAUUUUUAUUUUUCCCCGGGCCGAGUUAACGAAUCGGCAAAUCAGAACUCACAAAAAAAAAGACCAAUAAGACGUGUGUGUUCUUUUAUAUUUAUUCCCUUUAUACCAAAAAAAAAACACUUUCAAAAAAUCACUAAAAAUAGAAAUGCGUAGGGAUUUUCGUCGGGGUUUAUUUUUUUUUCUUUCCUCAAAUGGUUCAAUGACUUUUUUUUUUAUUAUUUUUUACACCCAAUAGUUUUAGAUUUUAAAAACUCGCGGUUAGUGUUUAGGAAUAAAUGUUAUUAUUAGCUCCAUUUUUAUACGUUUGAGUAUACAAGCAACCAGAUGAGGAAAGGGUCUCGAUGGAUUUCUAAAUUAGGCAUUUUGCGUGUGUGUGUGUGUGUGUGUGUGUGGAGAGAUAAAAAAAACCAAACGACGAAAAGAUUGAUCGAAACCAGCCACAGCCUUUCUCUGUUUAUUAUUUUAUUUUUGAUUAUGAAACAAAAAAACAAUGUCGAGGUUUGUUGAAUAACUUUGGGGGAAAAUGUUGAUCUAUAUUUUUGUAGUAUUUCCAAUUCAGGUGAUGGGGUUUUCAAAUACCGUUUUGUCGUAUGAUGUGCUCUGUGUGUUAUGGCGUGUCUUGAUUUUUCCGUACAUGUAUCCAACUCUCUCGUUCUUAGACAAGUGACGACGCUGCUCAAUAACAACGAAGUGGAAUUUUCAACAAAACAAAUAGAAAAAAAAGGACAAUUUUUUUUUUUUAAAUAAGGGGGAAACAAUCGAAGGUGUGAAAUUCAACGCGGCAGUUAUUGGAAAAAAGGGAGAAAAUUUGAAAACAUCAAC